CAUAAACAGCUUAUUUAUCUUCUUAAUAAUCAUUCUCCUCGAUUAUUUGCGAAAGACGAAAUAUCAUCAUAAAGCUUCUAGCAGUUGCAGAUGAUCAAUGUUGGAAGAAUGGUAUUGUCGUUCAAUUGCAAACAACAAUGCAGAUGCAGAAGAUGAUGAUGAGGAUAGUCCAGAGGAGGAAGUACCAAAUUAUAAGGAUCAGUACCGGAAUCUUAAAAGGAAGCUAAAAUUUCUAAUUUAUGAAAAUGAAUGUUUCCAAGAAGCUUUAAGGUCUACUCAAAGAAAACUACUUAAAGUUAAUAGGGACAAAAGUUUUUUAUUGGACCGGUUAUUACAAUAUGAAAAAGUGGAUGCAUCUUUCAGUGAAAGUGAUGAAACUGAAUCAUCUGAUGAAGAAGUUACUCGUUUGGAUACUUCUAAAAGAAAAAAGAUAGAGAUGAGCAUUAGCAAUCAUACUCCACAUCAUAUAGCAACAGUAACAAAACCUUUGAACACCAGUAAAAAGAAAAAACCAACUCCAAAAGUGACAAAAUCAAACAGCACACCUAUAGUACAAUCAUCAAAUAAUGUAGUACCAAUGUCUUUAAUGUCAGAUGGUCAUAUGACACCAGAAGAGGUAGAAAGACAUUUGGAAUCUCGACAAACUUACUUAGAACUAGUACCGGAAAAAGCACCGCCCACAGUUCCAACAGAAAUGUUCAGUAACGAUCCUUCGUUAGAUAGCGAGUCGAAUGAGAUCGGAGAACUAGAAACGUCUCCCAGUAACAUGGGCGAAGAUUGUCUCAGCGUGGACAUGAUGGCUGAGUGACAAAUAUUUGUUUAUAGCUUAGUGAUUAAUUACAAAUUGCACAUA